CCUCCAGCCGUAGCAUCAUAUCCGCCGCCCUCUGGGUCUCCUUUGCGCCUCAUACCGACUCGACGACGACCUCUGUAUCCCUCUCCUAUGGCAGGGCCAACCUCACCGGGCGCCGAGGGCCCCACGUAUGCCCCGCCCCAUCUUCCUGCUGGUUGGAUUGCCCAGUGGGAUGGUGCGAGCAAGAAGUACUACUUCGUGCAGCUUUCCACGGGUGUCUCGCAAUGGGAAACCCCGACUGAUGCCGCGCCCACCGGCGCGACACCUGCUCAACCUUCCGACCACCCCUAUGGUGUUCCUCAACCCGAGGUCAUCACCCAUCCUGACGGCAGCCAGACGGUGAAGCACGCCGAUGGCACCCUCGAACCCGUCAACCCCUCUAUGCCUCCCGACACCACCAGCACGAGGGGCAUCGACGGCCAGACAGGAGACCGCGGACUCGGUAGCAUGGCUAUGAAUGCGCUUCUUGGCAGCGGCAAGAACUCGAACCACGGCUCCUCUUCCGGCAACCAAAGCAGUUCAAGCCCUUUCGGCGGUAUUGCCAGUCAAUUGAUGAACGGUAUCGGGGGGCACAAUAACAGCCACGGGAGUAGCGGGGGCGGCAAGAGUUCACUGGGCAAGAUUGGCAGCUCUCUGGCUUCAAGCCUGCUGUCGAGCGGGAAGCAGUCUCAGCAGGGCCAGUCGCAAAACUACCAUGGUGGCCAGUCCUCGAGUCAUCAACAACAAGGUGGUCUGGCUGGAUCUUUAAUGGGUGGCGUUGCCACCAUGUUUGGUGGAAACAAGCAGAGUCACGGUGGCAACAACGAUUUCGGGUACUCCAACAAUGCUUCUGGAGGCUACACCGGCCAGGCUCCUCCUACUUCUUACCAGCCACCUGGUUCGUCUUCGCACAACCAGCACUCAUCUACUCCGGCCGGGGGUUCAUACCACUCUCCUGCGCCGAAUCAGGGCCAGAACCAUUCGCAGCAGUCAUAUGCUCCACCUCCCAACCAGUACCCCCCUCCGCCAAACCAAGGCCAACCUCAUCACAACAACUCCUACGGCGCACCGACUCAGCAGUCCCAUACUCAAUCAUACCCCCCUCCCCCCUCCAGUGGUGCCCCUUCGUAUGGUCAGCAGUCCAGCUAUGGAGCCCAGCCAAACCAGCACCAGCAGCAACAUCAGCAACAACAGCAGCAUCAACCGCAACAACAACAACAACAACAACAACAACAACAACAAUAUGGAGGAUAUAACCCGGCCACCUAUAGCAGCGGUCCACAAGGCCCUCAGACUGGAGCAGGAUAUUCCAGCCAACCCUCGUACGGCGGCCAGCCUUCCCAACCCAGCUAUGGUAACCACUACUAGAUGUCUGUCAUGAGACUUUAUUCAAAGAGUGCUCCCGUAGCCGAGUGGGAUUUGGUGCGGCUUUCGACGUCAACAGUACACAUGGGUUGUCGCACCUAGCCGUUCGUUUUCCCUAGUAAGAUGUGCUCAAGAAUGACGCAUGGGACGCCAAUUUGGCAGGUAAAGCGGAUUUAGUCC